AUCUCGGCUUGGGCGUGCCCUACACGUGAUAAAACACAUGAUACACAGGAUAAAAUAGUCGGAGGUGUCCCAGCUGCAUUCUCACUGUUCACUCCGAGCUUUCUCAUAACCAACAGCUAAAAGAUGGAGAGUUUGAGCCACGCUAACAGCCAGUUCGCUCUGAACCUGUACCGGGCCAUAAGCGCUCAAAACACGGAAGGAGACAUUUUCUUCUCCCCGCUGAGCAUCACUGCUGCCAUGUGUAUGGUCUACUUAGGGGCCCGAGGAGUCACUGCUGAGGAGAUGGCUAAGGUUUUGGGUGUUAGUUCUAUCCCUGAUGUUCACACCCAUUUCAAGACUCUGAACUCUGAAAUUAACAGCCCCAAAGUGUCCUACAUUCUCAGACUGGCCAACAGGAUCUAUGGAGAGAAGACAUUCAAUUUUUCAUCUGAAUUUGUGGACUCUACUCAAAAGCAGUACCAAGCUGACAUGCAGGCAGUAGACUUCAUUGGAUCAUCAGAAGAGUCACGCAAGCUCAUCAAUCACUGGGUGGAAGAGAAAACAGAGGGUAAAAUCAAAGAUAUUCUGCAGCCAGGGACGGUUACAGCAAUGACACGACUUUCCCUGGUGAAUGCUAUUUAUUUCAAGGGAAAAUGGAAGCAUGUGUUUAAUAAAAAUAACACGGAAAUGAUGCCCUUUAAGAUAAAUCAGAAUCUGUCAAAACCAGUGCAGAUGAUGUUCCAGAGAAAUAAAUUCCCCUUUAACUACAUUGAUGAGUACAAGCUGCGGGUGUUGGAUUUACCAUAUGUAGACGAGGAACUGAGCAUGGUGGUGCUUUUGCCUGAGGAGUCUAAUGAUGGCUCAGACCCCCUUCUAAAGCUGGAGAGUGAACUAACGAUGGACAAACUUCUUGAGUGGACGAAUCAAGAGAAAAUGGACAGGUGGACUGACAUUGUUGUCUAUCUACCAAAAUUCAAUUUGGAAGAGCAGUACUCUUUAAAGGAGCUACUGAAUAAGAUGGGCAUGAGCUCUUUGUUCGAUCCUAAUUCUGCAGAUCUGACAGGAAUAAGCAGCCAAGGAGGCCUUUUUGUGUCAUCCGUGACACACAAAGCAUUUGUGGAGGUUAAUGAAGAGGGCACAGAGGCGGCAGCAGCCACAGUUGGACUGAUUUCUUUUUGCAUGUCAAGAGAGGAGCUUUUCAUGGCAGAUCACCCCUUCCUGUUCUUUAUCAGACACAACCCUACUAAAAGCAUCCUCUUCUUCGGGAGGUUCAGGGGUCCAAAGUAGAGAUGUACAGUUUAAUUGCAUUAAAAUUAACGCUUGUUUGAAUGUUGAAUGUUGUGUAUAAAUAUACAGAGAAAUAAAAAAAGGCUGCUUUGGAUGAUGUGCAUUGCAUUUAUAUACUGAUUAUAAAACUUACUAUAUUACAAACAUAAACAGAACAUAAUUAACCUGUUGAAAUGUAAACAUACAAUAAACCAUUUAAUAACAGAA